UAGCAAAAACGCCAUACUUCCAAGAGCAUUUUUCGGGGCGAGUUUACAUUUUGCGGAUAAUUGUGGAAAAAGCGGUAAAAGAACGUGCAAACACGAACCGACAAAUCGCUGCCUAAAUGUGGUCACCACGUGCGAUAAGAACGCCACGUUUAAAACGCUGAAACCAUCAAUACCUGGCCGAAAAAAGAGCGGUUCUUUGGCUAAGGGCGAGCGAAGAAAAUUAAGUGUGGUGGGAAUCGGAAUCGGGAUUCUACGCAUUGUACGGCGUAUCAGCUGCAGAAGAUUGUGUGCACCCCAAGCGAAGCAGGCGAAACCAAAACAAAACAAAAUCGUUUGGCCAACUAUGAGAUCGUAGGACCGACGGCACGCGAUUCAAUUCGACCGCCAUGGACAAGCGGUUCAAGUGGCCGCUCAAACAGCGGGCCAUUUACUCGGAUGCGCCCUAUCAUCACAAUCCGUCGCGUGGCUACCAGAGGCAUCUGCACGGCGGUCAUCCCAAUCAGCCGCAGCACCCGCACCAGCAUCCCGGCAAGAGUUAUGCGCGCCAGCAGUACGGCUAUAGCCAUGGCGGCGGUGCUUGCUACCGCAAACCAAUGCCGCCACCUCCUCCGCCCGUUGCUCAGCCGCAGAUGGGGGGCGGGGCCAUGGCGCCACCCUCGUCUGGCGGAUCAGUGGGUGCCGGCGCCGAUAUGGUCACCCUCAUCGUGGAGAACAACAACCUGAAGCGCAUGAUUGUGCUCCAUUUGAAGUUGAUGCAGGAGCAGACGGACAGUCUGGCGGUGAAGGACAAGGAACUGGACGAUCAGAGCGCCAGGAUGGGCGCGGUGCUGGCGCAGAAUCAGGAACUAAAGCAGGCAGUCGCCAAGCUGGAGGCAGCCAAUGAGGAUCUGCGCAAGCAACUGCGAAGGAAGAACCAGCGGCGAAACGAUGAUGACGACGACGACGAUGAUCACUCACUGCCACCUGCUGUCCCACAGCAGAGACCGAUCCGCUGUCAUGCCGAGACGCAAACUGUGAUCAGGGAGCGGGAACAAUGCACUCAGACCAUAGAUGUCCAACCGCAACUGGCGGAGGUGCAGCCCAGGAGCCUGCAUGUGGAGGAAGUUCCAGCGGUGACCCACCACGCUGGAGUGGUCACGAACCUGCCAAGCAGCAAGCGCUCAGAGAGCAAAGGCCGCGGCGAGUUUAAUGGCAAAAAAGUGAGCACCUUCAUCCUGCAGCGUAUGAAUCAGGACUCCAAGCAUCACAUCCAGGAGCAUUUGGACCAGCCGGAAGAACAGGCGAUGCAGACGCAAGAAGAGCAGCUGCAGCAGGAGGACGACCAUCUUCGGGAGGAGGUUCAACUUCCGGGAGAGGACGACCAUCUUCGGGAGGAGGUUCAACUCCCGGGAGAGGAAGACCAUCUUCGGGAGGAGGUUCAUCUUCCUGAAGACGACGACCAUCUACAAAUGCAAGAAGUGCAAACUGAAGAAGUUGUUGGGGGCGAUAUUUUCCACGAUGCUUUGGAAUCCAUUGAAAUGGAGGUGGUUACCGAGGAGAUGGUGGUAUUGGAAGAGCAUGUACAAACUGUAGAUGCUAACGGCCAUAUGGAGGAAGACGAUGAAGAAGAAGAUCAGGAGAACUCGGAUGAAGAGGAAGAUAGUGAGGAGGACGAUGAAGACGACGAGGAUACUCAAUCGUUGGACACUAAUUCAGAUGCACACUUUCGAACUGAGGACGAUCUCUGGCAGAAUCAGAUAAGCUCUAUGGAGUUGGACACGACGGAGGAGAAGGCCUUGGCGCCUUCGGCACACUCAACCCCCAAUCAUUUGCCGAAGUCUCUGCCACAUGCGGAGGUUAGGAAGGAGGAGCAUCAGGACUGGAAGGCUGAAAAGCUGCUGCAACUGGAGAACGAUCAAAAACAACUGGAUCAGGAACUAGAGACCAGUGACCAAAUGGAGGUGGACAACGUCAAGAUCGUCUCAGAAAAAAAGAGAAUCGAGGAAGAAAAGAUUGCAGGAACUGCAUUGAAAGCCCUGCUUCUCCUGCGGGAAGCGGCGGAGGAGAUGGAAAAGGGCAAGAAGGUGGCGGAAAUACGUAAGGAGCAGGAGGAGCAUCAGGAUGGAGCCACAGAAGAACUGAAAGCAAUAAAAAAGCUGCAGGAAGUUCCCAAGGCGGAGCUAAAACCGCACGAUCCACCCAAGGAGCAUAAGCGACAGGAUCGUCAAGAGGAUUCUCGCGUGGAACAGCAGGAAGAGGUACGCGAGGAGCAGAAAGAAGUCCUUAAAAUGCAACCGGAGGAUGCACCCAAGCAGCUGUUAAAAGCGGUAGCACCCAAGGUAGCUGCUGUUCCAAGUCCAUCUGUUAGGGAAACUAAGUUGCCCAAGGCCAACACCGCUGACAUAAAAGCUUCUCCUGCUCAAAAAAGUAUACCCAACCAUCAGUCCACCAAGACACAAACUGAUCCCGUGAAAAAGCAGCGUUUGCAGGUUAAGAUCAGGCAGUAUGAGAUGUUCUCUGGCAUUAGGAAUAGCUCAUCCGCCCAGUUCGAUGCACGAAAACACAAGAACACUGAUCAAGACUCGGGGCUCGAGACAAAGAUCUCGAAACAAGCGUUGGUCAAUGAUAAAAGGAUCCCUUCGGAAAAGUCUCCGAACCAAGAUCAGGACAUAGACCACGUGGAGACAGUUAAACGCAAACUGCAGGAACAUUUGAAAAAGGAGCUGCUUAGUCAGAGUCAGCUGCCGCAAGUUGCGCUUAAAAAGCCUAUCAAGGAGAGAACAGUCACAAACCUAAUCUAUCCACCACCCAGUGCACCAGUAUCCUCUACCACAAUAACCCCAGCGCCAACGCCGUCGACGACACCUACGCCCGGCUCUACGCCGCAGCCCACGCUCACAUCCUCGAUGGAACCGGAAAUUUCUGCGUCAAAAUCCAAAUCCAAGGCAGCUGAACAAAUAGCCACUCCUCUGACACCUCAGUCCAAUAGCAGUGUUAGCAGCAGCGCAUCAACGACCAGAAAACCCCUAAACAAUUGUUCACCCCACACUUACAGCAAGGCAACUGCGAGAUCGGGAAAAUCCAAGUCCAUAUUCCGAACCGCCACCUUUCCGUACACCACGAGAACGUGGGAGGAUCAGGAGUUCCACUGUGACAACGAGUUCUUCCUGGAAGAGGCCGACGAGCUCUUGGCGGAUAAUCCUAGUCUGGAGAUUCCUAAGUGGCAGGAUGUCCCAGUGCAGCCCAGUUCAAGUAAAAGUAAAUUAGAACAACUGAGCGAUGCUGCUUUCGAGCGGCGGCACCAAAAGUAUGUGAAGGAUGAGAUCGAUCGCAAGUGCCGGGAUGCACGUUACAUGAAAGAGCAAAUACGGCUCGAGGGGCUAAGGAUGCGUCGGAACCAAGACGAGGUGUUGGUUGCGCUGGAUCCGCUGCCCACGUCCACCUUCUACCCGCUGCCCGAGGACAUUGAAGGCAUUCAAUUCGUCAACGAGGUGACUGUUCAAGCCUUUGGCGAAAACAUGGUCAACAUGGAGGCACGAGACGAUUUCGGCGUCGCCUGGGUGGAUGCUGUCGAAGCGCCAACCUCCAUAGCAAGGUCCAAGGCAAUGGCUGAGCCGGUGGCAACGUUGGCCAGCAAAAAGCUGCCCACCACAGCCGCCGAGGCGAGGCAUCAAGAAAACCACUCCUCCUACGUGUUUCCCAAGCGACGCAAGCGCCAGAAGAAUCGUUAGCCAGGACGCUUCUGGGAGAUCUGCUACGGAAGUUGAGCUAAUGAGUGGCGGUUGGGCUGAGGACGUUGCGUUUACCAUACUGAUGAUUUUCAUUUUGUAAUUUUUAAUUAUUUCAUAAGCGUAAAGUGAAUGCACCAGAGUUAACAGUAACGAAUCCCAGAGAUCGUCAAGAUGUCAUAUAAUCCAGAUCAGACGAUACUUCUUGUACAUAUGGUUCCACAUAUAUGUAUAUGACUUCUGGAACUUUUUAAAACUUGUUUUUAUUUUUGUAGAUCUAUCAAUUUGUAAAUUAUAAUCGCAUAAAUUCUGUAAAUGAUUAUUCAAACAAUUAAGAUUCUAUUUGAUAUUAAAUGGAAUUGUAAAAGUUAAAAUCAGUGCAGCUAAAGUAUUUUCCAAUUUUUUAAUUGUAUUUUCCGUCGCCUGGUCUGGAAAUGAUUAGUUUUAGUUACCGUCUUGCAAUCUGUUGAAAUUCUAAAGAGUUUCGCUCUCGCUUGUUUCAAAUUUACAUAAUUAGUCUCACAAAACAUUUAAUCUAUUUCACUCGCUAAGUUAGAUCGGAUAAUCCAUCUCAGCUUUAUCCCCUUUAAGAUCGCCCGUACUGAAGUGAUAAUAACGAAACCGAAAUGAUAUAAUGUUCAAUGGGCUUUUUUUUUGGCGAAACAUAAAGAAAUUCGUAGACUUCUAUUUUUAAAUAUUUUUUUCCUAGCUUUUAUUAAAUUUUUUUCUUUAUUUAUACUA